ACUUAAAAAAACAAAACCCACUCCAGGUAGUGAGGCCGUUCUUUAACAGAUUAUUCAGAUCCCCAUACCUCCUGGAGCUGAGCUGAGAGGCAUGGAUCAUGUAUAUGAAGUGCCCUCUGGACAGUCUGGGGGUCCCACAGGAGUUCAGCACACUGUAGUGAACGUCCCCACUGAGCCCACAAGAGAUUAUCUGGUCUGGUCGCUGUGCAGCUUCGUCUAUGGAAAUAUUUUCUGUCUUGGAUUGGCGGCUCUCAUUUAUUCUGUCAAGGCCAGAGACCAGAAGAUGUUGGGAGAUCAGGACGGAGCCAGACGUCACGCCUCCACCGCUCGGACUCUUAACAUCGUGGCGACCGUCCUGGCAUCAGUAGUCAUCAUUGUUAUCUCCAUUGUUGUGCCCAUUAUUGUGAUUGCAAUCUCUUUAAAAAAUCAUAGAUGACACUAAACUUGUGUAAGCUAUGAGGGCUUUUCAAACAUCGUGACUCCCUUGCUUUUCUGUUUGCACUCUGGUGCCAAAAUAAAACUGCAACAGUAGUACUAGUAGUAAGAUCUGAGGCAACAAGGAAGUCCACUUGCAUAAAGUUCGCUUCCUUAAAAUCCGCAGUGUGUGUUUUAGCUCAGAUGAAUGAAAAGCUGGCACCGUGAUGAUAAUAAAAAAGAAAACAACAGAAACGUCCUUUUUUCUGUGUGGAGAGUUUCCUGUGUAAUUUUUUAAACAAAUAUGUAUAUUUGGUGACAAACUGACACAGUGGGGGUAAUAAAGACAGAAAUCUUUGUGACCAAAAGUGAAACCUGGGAUUGUUAUGACAAAGGAAUCAUUACAUUUAUGAUAUGUGAUGCAGAAUUGAACAAACAGUCAUGAGAAAACCAGCCGCACCAAUCAGGCAAGGUCAGACAAGUAGAAAGGUCAGUUAAUCCCAUGGUGAAAUUAAUGGACACUGAGAGUGUAAAUGUUGACUUCAGUGUCAAUGGAGUCAGACUAAUCAAUAUGUGAACUAUUUUUAACAUACAACAUUUUUUUCAAGUUUGUACUUAGUGGAGUUUAGUAAAUUUGAAAUUG